GGACUCAACCAGCAAAGCACCAAGGAAAGCUACUGUAUAGAAACGGGAAGAAGACUGAGGAAAGGGGAGAGAAAGGGAGGGAGAGUGAGAGAGAAAUAUACAUCCAGAAAUAGCAUCAGCCACAUUUAACUGACAGAGAGUGACAGUGUGGAGAACCUGAGACCUGGACAGAAAAUGCCUAUCCUUUCUAACUUAACAACCGUUGUUUUGUUGCUGAUUGCUCACUGCGGAUCAUGGACCGGGGCAAACCGCUUGGGCACCCUCAAGGUCUGUCCCUCCUGCAGGGAUCCACUGGGGGCAGGUCGGCCCCCCAGGGACCAUAAUGUUGCCGGCAGCACGUCAGUGUUGGCCCAGGGAGAGCCCUGUGGUGUGUACACCCUGAGCUGUGCCAAAGGGCUCCGCUGUGUUCCCCCACCAAGGGAGCACAGCCCCCUCCAGGCUCUGUUGCAGGGAAGGGGCAUUUGCGCCAAGCACAGCAGGACUAGUCCCACUGAGAAGCCCCACCCCACAGGUCCCCAUCCCUCACACAGUGGUGACAUUGAAAAAGCCCCCUGCCGCAAACUGCUCAAUAGUGUCCUGAGAGGUCUCGAGCUGACGAUCAUCCAGUCUGACCGCGACAUCUAUAUACCCAACUGUGACACUCGCGGCUUCUACAGGAAAAAGCAGUGCCGCUCCUCCAAGGGCAUGCAGCGUGGCCAUUGCUGGUGCGUGGACGAGCUCGGCACGGCCCUGCCCUCACAUGCCAGCGAAGAUGGCACUUUACCAUGCGACGGGGAGUGA